AACAGUCAUUAGCUGAGGUUAGGUUAGAUAUGUUUCCCCCCUUUUCCUCUCCGCCUUUAUUCGUAUUCCGCAUCAGGGUUAGCAGGAGAUCGAUGAAUGUAUACUGUGUGCCGUGUGGUGAGUGGUCACAUAGCUUUCCAUGCCAGAUGCAAUCAUAUGUUCCGAAAACGUACUGUACACUUCCGUUAGUGGUAUUAGGUAUAGGAAAAUAAACACCUGAAAAUGGCGACUUCCGUCUUUUGACGGUUACGCGGAAACGUCACUCUUUGAAUAAAUUUUUAAUAGCAAUAUAAUUACUUUGAUACAAAAUUCUUGUUGAUCUGAGAACGUUGAAAUUGGAUCUAGCAAUCGAUAUGACAACUAGUUUCGAUGGACGAUACCUGAUGCAACUACUUAUCCGCAAUCCUAGCGUUGAAAUUACGCUAUAAAAAUUUCGGAGCGGGAGAAGAAAUAAAGACAGAUAAGUAUACCUAUAGCUGCAGCUCUAACUCGACGUUAUAGCGUGUGCGAAGGAAAAGGAAAACAUGCGCGAGAUAGCGCACGAUUCGCUCUUCCAAGUGUUCAGUCUAUUUUCAUCGGCACGAGUGUGUGCGCAUGUGGUUCGGUCGCGGAAUACAAUUAGGCCACGUCAAAAUUUACUUUUUCUCUUCGAGGGAGAGACUAUCGGUGAAUAACAUACACCGUAUAGUCGAACACAACGCGGGCGGCCCGGACAAAGAGACGACGAUGCCUCCGAUCGCCUGCUCACGAGAUAACGCCUCGGUAUAGGUACCUACAAUCUCCUGCCGCGCGGGACAUUGUGGGAGUGAAGAUUGUCGAGGAGGCGCCUGUUGACAGCUGAUCUCUCGUUCACUUUCACUGCCGUCUGGAGGCUGUUCGCGAGCCAUGUCCUUCGAGGGGAAAUACAAUGCCAAGAGUCCAGCUGUGAAGAGACUGAUGCGAGAGGCACAGGAGCUACAUGAUGCAACCGAUGAGUAUUAUGCCUACCCGCUGGAGGAAAACCUUUUUGAGUGGCACUUCACAGUUCAAGGUCCUCCAUCUACGGACUUUGAAGGAGGAGUUUACCAUGGGCGAAUUCUAUUACCUCCGGAGUACCCUAUGAAACCGCCUAAUAUUAUUUUAUUAACACCUAAUGGUCGCUUUGAGAUAAACAAGAAAAUAUGCUUGAGCAUAUCUGGGCAUCAUCCGGAGACAUGGCAGCCAUCCUGGAGUAUCCGAACAGCUUUAUUGGCUCUUAUAGCUUUCAUGCCUACACCUGGUAAUGGUACAAUAGGAUCUUUAAAUUACAGUCCCGAUGAAAGACAAAAAUUGGCAAAAAAAUCAUUGAGUUGGAGAUGUGAUAGCUGUGGCAGGAUAUCUGAUUUGCUGUCUAAAGAUACAACCAAGAAGCCAAUUACAGAAGAAGAGCAACAUAUGUUGGAUACUAUUGCUUUAAAGGCUGAUGACUCAACGCCACAAGAAUCAAGUUACACUUCAAAUUCUGAUGCAAGUAGAGAAAACGAAUUAAGGCAUCGCAAUAAUAUUGAAAGUUUGGAUGCGGAACAAGAGCAGCCUGAAAUAAUUGUCAAUCCACAGGUAGAAGUUAUGUCAUCUUCUAAUGACUUUCUUUGGAACGUACUCAUUGCAGCCUUAGUAUCUGCUAUUAUCUUACUAGUUUUAAGACGACUAUUCCUAGUAUAAUAACAUGAAUUGAAUGUCUGUGAGAAAGUUGAGAAAGAAAUUAUUACAGCUCGUACAUAUGAAAAACAUUAGUAAAUGCAGGUACAUAUGUUAUUAAGAACAAGGACAAUUUUAUACAGACUUUAUGGAGGAACUUUUUAAAUAUAGAAUAUUUAAAAAUUUAUGUGUACAUACGAAGGGAUGACUUCUUAAAAAUAAAAUCUCUGAUUAUACUUUGAAGUGAAAACUGUAAAAGCAGCCAAAGUACAAUUGAGCUUAACUAAUUUGAAAUUCAAUUGUAAAUUUCCAUAUUUAUACAUUUGUUGCAACCCUAUUGUAACUAAAGGUUUGAAAAGGAUUGACAUUUUUUUAUCGUAAUUGCGUCAAAAUUCUAUGAACUGUAAUCUCCUAGCCCAUCAUGAUUUAUUAUAUUUUGCUACUAGGAAAAAUUUUUGUUAAAUUUAUUGAUGUUUUAUAUUGUGUAUUAUUAUAUUAUGUACACAAAUUACUGCUUUUUAAGAUCACUAUUUUCCUGCUAUUGAAUCCAUGCAUUUAUCAAUUUUGAAAUCAGCAAUAAGUAUUAAAAUGAUACUGUUAUUACUACUCAUUCAAGUUAAUUUCGAAAGCAUUGAUUCUGAAUUUCUAGAGGAACUUUUAUCAAUAUGUAUAUAUUUACGUUUUGAGAAUGUUUAAGAAAUAAAUUCAUUUAAUAAAGAAAUAAGAUGAUGAAAAGCAAA